CCACAGAAGCAUUCACUUCCAAAGUACUCAUCAAGCCAAAAUGUUCACAUUCUAUCAAAUGGUUACUCUUCUUCUAAUCAGCUCCAUGCUGAUAAUUAUGACAAAUGGCCUACCCUUCUUUGACUUUAGCAGAGAAGAUGAUCGUGAUAAUGAAAUCAGCGGCGAAACCGAAAGGAAGAUUGUGAUACCCAGAUUGGAUCGUCUGUUUAGCAGUGCCGAAACCCCAGUGAAAAGGAGCCGCAAAUAUGAUGAUUUACGCUUAAAUCGGAAUGAGAAACGUGAAGCUGCUGCAUCCACCACCACGGAUAGUUCGAAACAUGCCCACUCCAUGAUCACUUCCAUGUUAUCCUUUGUUAAUAGUGUUGUCAAUUUCGGUAGAUCAUUUGUACGCAAUGAAUAGAUAGAUCUAUCAGAUAGAUACUGUAAUAACUUGUAUAUAAAAUUAGUUGCAAUUUUUAAGUUAAAGACCUAUUAAAGUUAAUAUU